UUUAUUUAGAAGAGCAGUCUGGCGUGUGGUGAAUGGUGAUCAGUGUCCCGUGAGCUGCAGGUAUAGAUACGUUGCGUUCGAUAAUACUUGCCUUCUACUAUACCUCUUCUACAAGAACUUGUACUCAGAUUCUUUUGGGAAAUAUCCUUCAGGUUUGAGGUAUAACUAAUUGUACCACCCGCGGUCGUGUGUUGAGGGAGGCAGUAAUGGUUGCGCGGGUGCUACAAGGUGUGGGCGUGGGGGCGCUGAUGGUGGCUGCCCUCUCCCUACUGCUUGCCCUCAACCUCAACCUUGGCUCCUUCACUCCAUCACCUGCUUCUGCAGAGAUCUCCUGCUCCUCCAGUAGGCGAUCCCCCUUGACGACUGUGGAGGAAGACGCCUUGGGCAGAGUUAAGCCCUCUGGCGACGAUUACUUCGGCACCGCAGGGGAAGAGCUCAUUAACGAGAUGAAGGCUGACAACAUGGAGAAGAAUUUGAGAUACCUGACGAGCCAGGGCCACAUGGCAGGAACCAAGCAGGACCUAGAACAAGCAGAGUACCUGAAGAAGCUGUGGCUAGAACAAGGGCUAGACCAGGUGUUUCUCCAGCCUUACACGGUGCAGCUGUCUCACCCAGACCUUUCCAAACCCAACAAGGUGUACCUGAUGGACGACGAAGGACAGGUAAAGUUCACCUCCAGCAUCCUCGAGGACCCACUUGACGGCGUCGACUACGAUGAUUCCAUCCCACCCGCCUUCCUUGCCUUCUCUCCUGCUGGCACCAUCGUUACGAACGAACUGGUGUACGUGAACUAUGGUCUCUAUGAGGACUUCGAGGCGGUGGAGGCGGCGGGGAUCAAGGUCAAGGGUCGACUGGUUAUCGCUAAGUUUGGUCAAGGAUUCAGGGGUGACAAAGUGCAGAACGCUGAAAGGUUCAACGCUUCAGGCAUUAUCAUCUAUACGGACCCCUCUGACUACCAUCCGGACUUGGAGCAAGGUGGGGCAGCCUACCCCAACUCCUUUUGGCUGCCAGAGUCCGGGAUCCAGCGAGGCUCUAUUGUGUGGCACGAUGGAGACCCCACCACGCCCCUCUAUCCUGCCCUAGACGGGAUGUAUCGGGUGCCGGACGAACAGACGGACACGCCCAGGAUCCCAGCCCACACGCUGAGCUACAACGACGCCCGCAAGCUGCUGGUGAACAUAGGCGGUGAGGAGGUGCCGCCCGCCUGGAGAGGAGGCCUCAACAUCACCUACAGGAUGGGACCCCAGCUUGUUAGACCUGGCUGGACGGUGAAGCUUGAGGUCCACAACAUCAAGCACUUGGUCCCUACCUACAAUGUGAUUGGUGUUAUCCACGGGUCCGAGGAGCCAGACCGCUACGUGAUCUACGGUAAUCAUCGUGACUCCUGGACUUUCGGAUCUUGUGACCCUUCGUCGGCCACUGCAGUCCAGAUGGAGAUGGUCAGGGCGUACGGCCAGCUGCUGAGGAACGGUUGGAGGCCUCGCAGAUCUAUGGUGUUCGGGUCGUGGGGAGCGGGCGAGUAUGGGUUCUUUGGGCCGUGGGAAUGGGUGGAGGAAUACCUUAAGGUUUUCGAGAUGCGAGCGGUGGCACACCUCAACGUGGAUCUGGCCAUCAUUGGAACCUACAAUAUGCUCAUCUCUGCCACCCCACUUCUACACAAGAUCAUAAAGGAAGCCACCAAGAGGACGCCGGCACCGGACCCCUCGCUGGGCUACACGACCCUGUGGGAGCACUGGAGCCAGAGGUUAAGAGCCGCCUCUCCUGACCUCUUGGACUACAACCUGGCUUCCCUCAGCGAACACUCCCCCUUCUACCAGCACAUAGGCGUCCCCACCUCCUAUAUGGUGUGGGAGAUUAACUUCGAAGAGUACAACUGGUCAGACUACCCGCUCUACCACACCACCUACGAGGAUUUCGACGCCGUAAAGAACAUUCUGGACCCAGAGUUCCGCUACCACUUGGCUAUUGGCCGCCUCUGGGCACUCAUGGGCAUCGGCCUCGCAGACGCUAAGAUUUUACCGAUGGACCCAGAUGAUGAAACGGUGAUGCUGCGGAAGAUGGUGGCUGACCUCAAGGCCGAGUACGGUGACACACUCCAGGAAAAAGGCAUCAGUCUAGCUCAUCUGGACACCGUCGUCAAUCGCUUCGAUGAAGUAGCCAAGACCUUCAUCACCCACGUCAAUAAUCUCACCGACGUUCCACUGUUGUUGGCCCGCCAGCUGAACGACCAGUUACUGCUAUUGGAGAAGUGUUACACUAACGAGGCUGGUAGUUAUCUCCGGCCCCAUGUCAAGAACCUGAUGUUUGGAACAAGCAACUUCAACCAGUAUGAAGGAUGGCUAGCUCCAGGGGUCCGGGACGCCCUCUGGGAGGCCACACACUGCCAGGAAUCCUGCGACCAUCACUGGCAGGUCGUCCAACACCAGCUCUCCCUCCUUCAGUACGUCAUCAACUCUGCAGUUCUCACUAUGAAGGAUAUCAGAUAUAUAUAAAGAAGACCUAUGGCAGGAUUCUCUCCAUAGUCUCCAGCACAAAGGUUACUACAGUGCUCUCCCUCAUCUUACAAACCUAAAUUUAAUGGAGACACUUUAAGGAUAUCAUAUAUCCAGAAGUUGCUACAGCCUCUUUAUUGUCUGAUAAAGUUAUAGAAAUUAGUUGAUUUAUUUACGUUUUUCUUGGAGGAGUGAGUUUACAUCAGUCGUGGUGGUUAGUGACCAUAUAUUCACAAAUAUAUUAUUUCUUCUUUUUUUCUUAUGUGGGAGAUACGAAUAUCCGGAAUAAGCAUAUGCUUAUGGUAGAGCCUCGGUAAUAAUGCAGCCGCAAUUUGUUCCUCCAGAUAUAAGUGUUGGUGUAAUUAAGACAGCUAGACGUGGUUAUAACAGUUAAGGGAAUAUUUACUAACUUUGAGAGCCUGGGUUUUGCAUCUCAAGUACUAUGCUACGAGGAUGUUUCCAUGACCAUUGGUAAUAACAAUUAUUUGUGGGUUAUAUCUCACUUGAUAAUACUGAAAUUAAUUCACAUUUAAUAUCAUACGUUAUAUAGAACACCUGUGUGUGUGUGUGUGUGUGUGUGUGU